CUAGAUCGCCCGAACUGUCAGUGUCACUUGUCAGAGAGAAGAGUUGUGUGAAAGAGGAAGGAAGUCAGCUUGGUUUCACUUCCAAUUACUCGGCCGAUGUGCUACUUUGAAAGUGAAAUCUGAAAGUUAGUUGUAAACAUGUCGAGCCAAGAGGACAUCAUCAAGAAGCAAAAAACCUGCAUGCAAGUGGCCACCAACGUCACGGAGCAACGCCACCAUGUGUCCCGUGCGAAACGUGGCCAAAUCCUGGGCCAUCUGCGGGGCUUCCGGGGCUGCACCGUCUGGUUCACCGGCCUCUCUGGCGCAGGUAAGACCUCGAUCUCCUUCGAGCUGGAGGCCUACCUCAUCCAGCACGGCAUCCCCGCCUACGGCCUCGACGGCGACAACAUGCGAACGGGGCUCAACAAGGACCUGGGGUUCAGCAAGCAAGACAGGGAGGAGAACAUCCGACGAGUGGCCGAAGUGGCGAGACUCUUCGCAGAUGCCGGCCAGAUCUGUCUUUGCAGUUUCGUGUCCCCCUUCGCCGAGGACCGGGAGUUGGCGCGGAGGAUACACCGCGAUAACGACUUGCCGUUCUUUGAGGUAUUCGUCGAUUGCCCGUUGCCGGUGUGCGAGCAGCGAGACACCAAGGGGCUGUAUCAUAAGGCGAGGCAAGGGGCUAUUAAGGGGUUCACGGGGAUUGAUCAACCGUAUGAAAAGCCGGAACAUCCGGAUUUGGUUGUAAAGACGAUUGAAUCGUCGGUUGAAGAGUCGAUGUUUCACGUUGUUGAAAUGUUGCAAGAAAAUGGGAUUAUUCCUUUAGUUGAGGAGGAUUAUGAGAAGGUUUUGGAGCUGUUUGUGUCCAAAGACAGGCUUGCUGCUGCCAAUGAGGAGGCAGCGACCUUGCCAAAGUUGAAUAUAACUGUUCUGGAUUUGCAGUGGCUACAGGUCUUGAGUGAAGGAUGGGCAUCCCCAUUGAAAGGCUUCAUGCGUGAAGACCAAUUUCUGCAAACCCUUCACUUCAACUGCCUCUUAGGCGAUAUGAAAAACACAAACCAGUCAAUUCCCAUCGUCUUGCCCGUCUCAGCCGCCGAUAAAGAACGUUUAGAUGGCGCCUCAGCACUUUCUCUUUACCACAACGGUAUUUGCUAUGCCAUUUUACGCAAACCUGAAUUUUACUACCAUCGAAAAGAAGAACGCGUAGCUCGUCAAUUCGGUAUUACCUCCAAAGAUCAUCCUUACAUCAAGAUGGUAUACGAAUCCGGUGAUUGGUUAGUGGGGGGCGAACUCGAAGUGCUUAAAAGAGUCCAAUGGGGUGAUGAAUUGGACCAUUACCGACUCACCCCAAACGAGUUGAGACGAAAAUUUAAAUUGAUGGGGGCUGAUGCUGUCUUUGCUUUCCAACUCCGGAAUCCCAUCCACAAUGGUCAUGCUCUAUUAAUGCAAGACACUCGAAGACAGUUGAAAGAGAGGGGUUAUCGCAAACCGGUGCUACUUUUGCACCCCCUAGGUGGCUGGACUAAGGACGAUGAUGUUCCCUUGCACACCCGAAUGCUCCAACAUCAAGCUGUCCUUGAUGAAGGGCUUCUUGACCGAUUCUCAACCGUUUUGGCCAUUUUCCCGAGUCCUAUGAUGUAUGCGGGGCCCACGGAGGUGCAAUGGCACGCCAAAUCCCGAAUGAACGCCGGGGCUAAUUUCUACAUCGUUGGGAGAGAUCCCGCAGGAGUGCCACAUCCACGUGGGAAGGAUGCAACUCCUGAUGGUAACCUCUACGAUGUUACCCAUGGUUCACGUGUGUUGAAAAUGGCACCUGGAUUGAACUCUCUUGAGAUUAUUCCGUUCCGUGUCGCUGCAUAUGAUUGCAAGAAUAAGAAAAUGGCCUUCUUUGAUCCGGCGAGAAAGGAGGAGUUUGAGUUUAUUUCGGGGACAAAGAUGAGGACUCUUGCACGAAAUGGAGACAACCCACCAGAUGGGUUUAUGGCACCUAAAGCUUGGAGGGUGCUUGCUGAUUACUACCAGUCUUUGAUUAAAGAUAAAUAUUAGGGGGGGGGGACCUAAAACAUUCCUUGUCUUACUUGUCUCGACUUUUUAAAAUUGCUACAGUUUAAAUUUCUAAACGGUAUUAACACUUAAUUUUUGCAUUUUUAUUUCUUAUUACACUAUAAUCUGUAGGUUUAAAGGAAUUUGAUUUAGCUUUAAGUUUCAUACUUUGUGCAAUUGAUUAAAUUGUUUCACAAAAAAUAUUAAACUUUUAUAAGAUUUUAAUAGUUUACGUAAACGCAUUUCAGUAGUGCUAUUUAAUUCUUUAUAAUGAGGGCAUGAAAUUGUAAAUGCACAGCGCCGCACACUGAGCUCAAUAUUUGAAAAAAAAAAGUUUUAUUCCAAACUUUUGCAGGAGUUUUUUAACGGCAUAGUCGAUAGCUUUAUAUUAUGUAUGUGUUAUGUUUUAAAUAUAUUUUAUUUUAUUUUUAA